AUGCUGUUCAGUUCAAAGCAGCUGUCGUUAUGUUUGUAUACAGCAAUGAUGAACAAUUUCUUGGAGAUCGCCAAGUUGCUCAUUCGAUAUGGUGCCAAUGUUUCCGAACGACUACCUAUACAAUCCAGUAGGUUGGAUAAUAAAUACCAAGUACCUUAUUUACAUAUGGCAUUGAAAUGUAAAGACAAGGACUUGAUUAAACUACUUUUAGAUCAUGGUGCAAAUGUGAAUGACGUGAACAAUACAGGCGAAAAUUCUCUGCACCUCGCACUACACACGCACGAUCUUACAAUUCUCGAACUUUUACUCGAAAAAAGCUGUGAUUUACAGGCAAUUUCCACUUGGGGUGUCACGAUUUUAAAUACCGCUAUUCUAAGAGGCAAUAUUAACGCUGUAUCAAUGAUACUCAAAGCUGGAGCAGACAUAAAGGCCCAACAUCACACUGGACUAACCCCUAUGCAUUUUGCAGCGAUGUCUGAUGUAGACAACACGAAUAUUGCCGAAUUACUACUAGCGAGAGGCGUACCAGUAGAUGACGGAGAUAAAGAUCUCGUAAAGCCAUUACAUCUUGCUUUAGAGUAUAAUAAUAAAAGAAUGAUGUAUUUUCUUGUAAAACAUGGAGCAAAUAUAAACUCAAAAACGGAAAGCAGUUUAUUUCCAUUAUAUUUGGCUGUUCAGUUCAAUCACUCAUCGACAGUCGAAUUCUUAUUAGAUAAAGGAGCAAAAAUAAAUGAAGUUGCAGAAAAGUAUAGGCUGUUUUCAGCGCUCCAUAUUGCCUGUAUGAUGGAAUCAGAAGAAAAAAUUAAUGUAUUGUUAGAAUAUGGUGCUGACAUUAACAUUGGUAGCUCAAAUAAAACAGCCUUUUCGAUGAUUGAAAAUAAAUGUACGAGAUCCGCUCAUAUUAUGAUUAAACACAUGGUUAAAAUGAAUGAUCAGCACUUGAUGGUGAAUGAAAAGGACAUGCAAAGUAUCUGUAAAUCGAAAAACUUAAAGUUAUUUUACGAACAAUGUUGUAAUGAAAUAAUAAGGAUGAAGUACUACAAGGUUUACAAUAAUAUUUCAUAUUAUUAUGUAUUAAUUUGUCAUAAAAAAAAAUUAAUACCUUUAGCCAGAAAUUUGAAUUUCACUAAAGCAUUCCAAUUUAGAGACAAGUUAAAAAUGUUUCCUAUUUAUGCUGCUGAAAUGAAAGUUAAAUUUAGAAGAGCUGAAAUUAUGAACAAGGCAUCACAACUUAUUUUAUCUGAAGUAUUUCGUACAAAAUCCCAAGCAAAAUUGUUAAAAUGA